GCGGUAGGUUGACCGCGAGCUGUCGAAGCGAAGCCCUUCUGCGAGUAGUCCACAUUUCUACGGCUUUCAGUCGCUUAUUGUAUUGGCAGCCUGCCUCCCGCCCUCAUCAUCUCCCCCGUAGGACUGUCCGCUCCGGCAUGACUCGGUCGACAGGAAUGCAGCACCGGUUUUCAUAAGCAUCUGGACGCUAUAUUGCCACAUUGGAUUUAUUCUGAGAACUUUUCGCAUGUUGCGCUGGUGCCCUACUCAAGAAAACGCUUGAACUGAGGUUUUGCAGGAGACAACGCAAGGUUAUGCAGCCACUAUAGCAGUCCACGUCAGGGAUCCUUUGGUUCCUCCGGGUGUCCUCCUCGGAGCUUUUUUUGUAGCCAUCCCAGCAGCUUGUGUGUGCAGGCAGGGGGCGAAGAUGGGACUGCCUGCCUUGGAGUUUAGUGACUGUUACCUGGAUAGUCCGCAGUUCAGGGAGAGACUCAAGUCCCAUGAGCUGGAGCUGGACAAGACCAGCAAGUUCAUAAAGGAGCUCAUCAAGGACGGCAAAGCGCUCAUUCUGGCGCUCAAAAGUCUGUCCACAGCCAAGAGGAAAUUCGCCGACUCUCUUAACGACUUUAAAUUCCAGUGUAUCGGGGAUGCUGAGACGGAUGAUGAGAUAUGCAUAGCCAAGUCUCUUCAGGAAUUUGCAGCUGUUCUACAAAACCUGGAGGAUGAGAGGACACGGAUGAUUGAGAACGCCAACGAUGUGCUCAUUAUGCCUCUGGAGAGGUUCAGGAAAGAGCAGAUCAGUGCAGCUAAGGAAGCGAAGAAAAAGUACGACAAAGAAACGGAGAAGUACUGCGCAGUAUUAGAGAAGCACCUCAGUCUUUCGGCAAAGAAGAAAGAGUCGCAUCUGCAUGAGGCGGACAACCAGGUAGAUAACGUGCGGCAACAUUUCUAUGAGGUUUCUCUGGAGUAUGUCUUCAAAGUGCAGGAGGUCCAAGAGAGGAAGAUGUUUGACUUUGUGGAGCCUCUGCUGGCCUUCCUCCAGGGCCUCUUCACCUACUAUCACCACGGUUACGAACUGGCAAAGGACUUUAACCAUUUCAAAACAGAUCUCACCAUCAGCAUACAAAAUACGCGGAAUCGUUUCGAGAGCACAAGGUCGGAGGUGGAGAGUCUAAUGAGGAAGAUGAAGGAGAAUCCACAUGAACACAAGAGUAUUAGCCAGCACACAAUGGAAGGAUACCUCUAUGUGCAGGAGAAACGCUCCUUUGUGUCUACCUGGGUGAAGUACUACUGUACGUACCACAGGGAGCCCAAACGGGUCACGAUGGUCCUGUUUGAUCCCAAAUCAGGAGGCAAAACUGGUGAAGAGGAGAGCUUCAUCCUCAAGUCCUGCACAAGGAGAAAGACUGACUCCAUCGAAAAAAGAUUUUGUUUUGAUGUGGAAGCUGUGGACAGGCCAGGAAUGAUCACCAUGCAGGCUUUGUCAGAGGAAGAUAGGAGGUUGUGGAUGGAGGCCAUGGACGGGAGAGAGCCGGUGUACAAUCUCAACAAGGACAACCAGACAGAAGGCUUGGCCCAGCUGGAUGUGAUCGGGUUCAACGUGAUGAAAAAAUUCAUUUAUGCAGUCGAGACCCGAGGUAUUGAUGAGCAAGGCUUGUAUAGAAUCGUCGGUGUCAGCUCUCGAGUGCAGAAACUAUUGAGCCUUGCUAUGGAUCCCAAGACAUGCGCUGAUGUAGAGCUGGAAAGCUCGGAGUGGGAAAUUAAGACCAUCACUAGUGCAAUCAAACAUUAUCUAAGGGUGCUUCCUGCACCUCUCAUGACAUAUCAGUAUCAGAGGAGCUUCAUCAAAGCAGCAAAGUUAGACAAUCCCGAAGCAAGGGUGACAGAGAUCCAUAGUCUGGUGCACCGACUGCCUGAGAAGAACCGGCAGAUGUUGGAGCUGCUCAUGAAACAUCUCUCCAACGUGGCCAGUCACCACCAGCAGAAUCUAAUGACUGUGGCCAAUUUGGGCGUGGUGUUUGGGCCAACUUUACUCCGCCCACAGGAAGAGACGGUGGCGGCCAUCAUGGACAUCAAAUUCCAGAACAUUGUUGUGGAAAUCCUCAUUGAGCACCAUGAGAGGAUAUUCAAGGACCCACCAAACUCCGUUGGAGGCUUAACCAACUCUCAGGUCAACCAAUCCAGGAGAAGAAGCAGUGAGAGCAAAGUUCCAUCUUGCAUUGAGAGGCCUCUCACACUCUUCCAGACGCCAACACAUUCUCUCAAGGGUGAGAAGAGGAACAGCGUCAUUAACCCCGGAAUGGGCGAGCAACAGCAGGCAGUGUUGUCCUCGGCCAACUGCAACAGCAGCAGUAGUAGCAGCAGCAGUAGCGGCGGAAGCCAAGGUCUGACGCCCAGACACAGCCUGACCAGCAACGACGGAGAGCACGAAACGCGGCACAUUCGUCCUAUGUCGCUGUUGAACCCCAAAAGCCGAGGCACCAUCCCAGUUUGUGCAUUAUCCUCCAGUCCAAACUCCCCACGUUCUCCAUCUUGGCCCAUGUUCUCGGCGCCGUCCAGUCCGCAGCCCGUUUCUUCGGCCUCCAGCGACUCGUCCCCAAUCAGCAUUUCUGGCAAGAGAGCUCGGGCGCUGUACGCAUGCAAAGCGGAGCACGAAUCCGAGUUGUCCUUCAUAGCUGGCACAAUCUUUGACAACGUUCAUGCUUCCAGAGAGCCGGGCUGGCUGGAAGGAACGUUGGAUGGUCGAAUAGGACUCAUUCCUCAGAACUAUGUGGAAUUUCUAUAGCGCACAACGUGAACUUGAGGACAACACUGGAGUCGGACUUGACCAAACUGGACUGCGAUUUCAGGGAGGCGGGGGACCAUGACUGACCGUAUACAUGCGUGGAAAUUCACUUUUUUAAGCUAACAGAGCGGAUGUGACGCGUGCGCAGAAUUUGGCGAGAUCCCCGGCUUGCACUGGAAGGAGCCACGGCGGUUCCAGCUGUUAUUGGAUUACUUUGGAUGGCUUCCCGAGUCCUUGUGAAGGUGAUUUGCUAAUGAGCCUGGAAUGCAUGCGUGUGAAAAAAAUGAACUGAGAUUUUUUAAGCUUGUAAUUUCCCCCUUUGUCUUCUUUUGCACUGACUUCUUUUCGAGAUCUUCCAACAGUUGCUGACUUCAAAUUUUAAAAAGAGUGAUAUGCCGUCUUGGAUUUGAGUGCAGAUUGCCCUGCCAAUGAUGUCAAGAGCAUUUUUCAAUUGAUAAUUCCUGAAAAUGGCUAAUGUUGGAAUGAUGGAGGUGGUAGAAAGCCCCUGGGCAGAAAGUUCAUCCCCAGGUCAGUCCACGUUCCCCUCUUCUAAGCAAUUUCGAACAAGCGCUCAGCCGUGGACGAAGAUGAUGAGCUCGACUUUUUAGGGUUCAGGGCCUGGCGCAAUUUUUUGACGCUUGAAAAACCAUGCGCGCCUGUUUGUAUUGAAACUCAGGGGAUUAUUUCAAUGCCAACCUGCCAAUUUUCUGUUUUAAUGAUCUGAAUUGUAGGAUUUUCUACGUAAUUUUUCCAAUACCACAAGCUAGUUUGAACUAAAACCAUUUUAUUGUUAAAUAUGGUUACGUUCAUACUGCAGGUCUCAAUGCACAAUGCUGAUUUUUCGUCAUAUCCAUUUUUUGACAUCCCGGUCAGACUGCUUUUGUCCAUUGAGCCCGGUGAAGUAUUACGGAUGCACACUAAUUCAGUUUGAGAUGCACCGAGCAAACUGACCCACAUGCACAGAAGCAGAAACAAAUGACUGCACAUACUGGCUCUACGUCAUUCUAGGGUGCUCAUAUUUUGAUUUGCAAAAAGAGGACACAAACGACUAGGGCUGCAGCUAUCGAAUAUUUUAAUAAUAGAGUGUUCUACCGAAAAUCCCAUCGAUUAAUCGAGUAAUUAGAUAAAAUAUUUUGGUAAAACUUUACAAUAAGGGUCCCUUAAUUAACAUUAGUUAAUGCAUUUUUAGACAAUAACUAAUGUUUAAGUAACAUUACAAUAAUUAAUAUAAUUGCUUAUCUAACAUUUAUUGAUAUACAGGUAUUAAUUAACAUGACUUAACGCAUUAGUUAUGUUAGCAGCACCCAAGGACUCACAGAGCAAUGUUUCUCAUUUUAAAAUAACAUAAUCACUUACUAGUACCAGUAUACAUUAAUAACUAUUUAUUAGGGCUGUCAAACGAUUAAAAUCUUUAAUCGAGUUAAUUACAGCUUAAAAAUUAAUUAAUCGUAAUUAAUCGCAAUUCAAACCAGCUAUAAAAUAUGCCAUAUUUUUCUGUAAAUUAUUGUUGGAAUGGAAAGAUAAGACACAAGAUGGAUAUAUACAUUCAACAUACGGUACAUAAGGACUAUUUGUUUAUUAUAACAAUAAAUCAACAAGAUGGCAUUAACAUUAUUAACAUUCUCUUAAAGCCAUCCAUGGAUAGAAAGACUUGUAGUUCUUAAAAGAUAAAUGUUAGUACAAGUUAAAGAAAUUUUAUAUUAAAACUAGGGCUGUCAAACGAUUAAAAUUUUUAAUCGAGUUAAUUACAGCUUAAAAAUUAAUUAAUCGUAAUUAAUCGCAAUUCAAACCAUCUAUAAAAUAUGCCAUAUUUUUCUGUAAAUUAUAUACAGUAUAUAUUCUGUAAAGUAAAUUGUUGGAAUGGAAAGAUAAGACACAAGAUGGAUAUAUACAUUCAACAUACGGUACAUAAGGACUGUCGUGGGCAUUUCACUCUACUGUCAUUUAAAUCUGUCUAUGCUGUCCUCACUCCGAAGCGUCUACUUUUUGCAAAGCUAGACAGCUAGUGAACGACACUUUAAUAAUCAGAUUUCUUCCUUUUUCAUCUGAUUUAUUAAUAAAAUGGCCUCAAACCAUUGUCCUCUUUAGACUGUCAUAAAACUACAAAAAAAAGUACACAAGCAUUGGAUUAGCAACAACGUUAGCUUAGCACGCUAUACAGGUUCACUAAACACAAACAAAAAGCGUCUCACACAAAAAAUAUAACAUUUCGCUUACUAACAUAAUAUGCACAUUCUUUACAAACAACCAUACUUACGGACAAAUCUUGUCCAAGGAUCAUAUAAGCACAACAUUACAACGUAGGCGUCAGCCCGAGAUGUCGUGCAGCCAUAUUGAACUGGCAAGAAAACAAUAAACCAUGUCGCAAAGCGACCACAAGAGUUCGCCGUAAGACAGCACAAAAAGCCUUGCUGUAAAACUUACCAAAAGGCAGAAUACUGUCUGGGCGGGACAUGUGCGUUAAUUGCGUCAAAUAUUUUAACGUGAUUAAAUUACCGCCCGUUAACGCGAUAAUUUUGACAGCCCUAAUUAAAACUCCUCUUAAUGUUUUCGUUUUAUUAAAAUUUGUAAAAUUUUCAAUCAAAAAAUAAACUAGUUGCUCGCCAUUGUUGAUGUCAAUAAUUACACCAUGCUCACUCCCCAAACCCAUAAAAUAAUUUGGACACAUGCGCCAGCAGAGGGCGCCAAACACCAAAAAACAAGUAACAAACGGACAUUACACUGCUGUUAUUUUAAUCUGUUUGAACGGGGCAUGUGCGUUAAUUGCGUCAAAUAUUUUAACGUGAUGACUUUUAAAAAAUUAAUUACCGCCCGUUAACGCGAUAAUUUUGACAGCCCUACUAUUUAUUAAUGCACUAAUGUAUACGCGAAUUAAUAUUAAGUAAUGUAUUAUACUGUAUAUAUUAUAACCAAAGCUUAAGUAUGGUAUUAUUUACUGAAUGUUUUUUGGACCCUUAUUCUAAAGUGUAGCACAUGUGUCCCUAAACUAAGAAAUUAUAAUUGCUUAAGUCCCCCACACCCCUUAACUUUUAUACCUUUAUUAACCAUUACUGAAUGCUUUUUGGGCCCUUCUUGUAAAGUGUAGCACACGUGUCCCUUAACUAAGAAAUUAUAAAUGCUUAAGUUAACAAACCCUAACCCUAUAUCAGCCUAUAUAUAUUUUUAAUUUUACCAAUUUAUUAGUUACUGUCUGGUUAUGCAUUAACUAAUGCAUCAACUAAUGUGAACUAAUAUAUUACUAAAUGUUAAAUAAGGGAUUAUAUGAAUUAUUGUAAUGUUACUUCAACAUUAGUUAUUGUCUUAAAAUGCAUUAACUAAUGCAUUAACUCAUGUUAAUUAAUAUACUAAUGUUAGAUAAGGGAUUAAAUGAAUCAUUGUCAUUUUACUUAAACAUUACUUAUUGUCUAAAAAGGCAUUAACUAAUGUUUAUUAAGGGACCCUUAUUGUAAAGUGUUACCAACAUUUUGAGCAAUUAUAAACAUACAUGAGAAAACAAGACAUUUCACCUAAUGUUGAACCAUUUUUAGACAAUUAGUGUCUUUUAGAUGUACAUUGUUGGAAAAAAAAUCCAACAGUUGCAUCUCAGAUGUUACUAGAAAAAAAGAACAACAAAUUCACUGCUUUCACUCAAAAAACUUAAGAUCUUAUUUUUAAAAAAAUCUCAUCUCUUACCUAAAAAUGUCAAAAGUUAGGUGUCUUCACAUGUGUUUAAAAUUGAAUUUCCAUUAGUGUCAAGCUAUUUUUAAGUUCUAAUUAAGUUUUAAGUUUCAGUAAAUUUGAAGUCCUGAUAGGAUUUUGAAUUUUCCAUGUUUUCAAGAUAAACCUAUGAUACCUGCUGUAUUGGAGCACAUUAGUCACUUUCCCAUUCAUUUUUAAUGGGAUGCAACCUUGGUUCAAAUUUCCCAUUUAUUUCCAAUGGAAUUUACAGUGCAUUUAUGCCAUUGAAGGCCAUGUAUGUUGAAUCUAUUGAUGCCAAUGUACUUGGAUUCCAUUGACAUAUGUGUAAGUCGAUGCCAUUGACGGCCAUGGACGUCCAAAUUUCCCAUUCAUUUUCAAUGGCAAAAAAAUUAAUGUCCCCAAAUCAACAGGAAAUGACCAGAUAUCAAUAGGACGUGUCCCCCAAAUGUCCCAGAUUCCAUUGACGCAUAUGGAAAUUGAUGCCAUUGACGGCCAUGGACAUCCAAAUUUCCCAUUCAUUUUCAAUGGAAUUUACUUUGUUUAAUGCCAUUGACGGCCAUGUUUGUCAAUUCUAUUGAUGCCAAUGUACUUGGAUUCCAUUGACGAACUGUAAGUCGAUGCCAUUGAUGGCCAUAGACGUCCAAAUUACUCAUUCAUUUUCAAAUGCAAAAAACAAAUGUCCCCAAAUCAACAGGAAAUUACUAGAUAUGACUAGGACAAGCCCCCCAAAUGUCCCCAAAUGACCUGAUAUGACCAGGACACCCCCCCCCAAAUGUCACCAAUUGACCUGAUAUGACUAGGACACGCCCCACAAAUGUCCCCAAAUGACCUGAUAUGACCAAACCACGCCCCCUAAAUGUCCCCAAAUGACCUAAUAUGACCAGGCCACGCCCCCAAAUGACCUGAUAUGACUAGGACCCGCCCCCAAAUGUCCCCAUAUGACCUGAUAUGACUAGGACACGCUCCCCAAAUGUCCCCAAAUGACCUGAUAUGACCAAACCACGCCUCCAAAUGUCCCCAUAUGACCUGAUAUGACCAAACCACGCCUCCAAAUGUCCCCAUAUGACCUGAUAUGACCAGGAUGCGUCUCCCAACUGUCCCCAAAUCAACAGGAAGCGACCUGAUAUUGUCCCCGAAAUGUCCCCAAACCAACCUGGGCAGAGCUAAGAUCUGUAUCUCCACACAGCAAAGACCCAGAGUAAUUUCUCUAGAAAUUGCAGUUUCUAGUUGCUGCAUGAAUUCCGAUUUAGGAGACUUGACAGUUCAGACCGCAGCCACAUUCCGGAAAGAUGGUGGUCCAGAUCGGAUUUUAACCACAUACGAAAGUGAACUAGAUCGGUCCACUUUUAUGCGACCUGUCCCGUUCAGAUCGUGAAGUUAAUCUCUCACUCGAGUCGGAAAAACAUGAAAAAAAUUGGAUUUGUGCAUUAAGACCUGCAGUAUGAACCUAGCCUAUCAGAUAUAAAUCAGGCAUUGCGUGAAUAAACACAAACAUAAAUUGAUUGAAAUUUGAGGGGAAAAAAAUCCUACACUAUAUCUAAUAUUUAGUGAGUUUAAUUUGAUUGUGUUUUGUUCCUCUCCAAAACACAUUUAACCGUCCCGCGUAUGAAGCUGAGAUUUGCUCUCCAAGUGCAUCCGAAGUCUUGUGCUAACAAGAACUCGGGAGUUUCAAAAGAAAACAUCAAUGUGAAAUGAGACUACUUUUAUUUAUAAGACUUUCUUUUAAUCUGAAAUGAGCUGUUUUAUUCAUUGUAAAUAUAUGCUUAUACAUUCGAUAUUUUUUUAAGUAUGACUUUGUUUUUACAUUUGUAUUUUUAGCAUACUAACUUGAUUUCUUUAUCUUCUGACUUUUAUUUUCCCUGUAUCAUUGAUGGUGGAAUUAAAGAUAAAUGUUUGCAACAACAAAAAAAGCUUUUCUGGUUUUUCUGAUGAACUUUUUUGGUGAUGAGGUAGUUUGAGUAGCUUGAGAAAUGAAGAUUUGGUAACAUUUUAUUUGACAGUCAUAGUCAUAAAAUUGUCAUAAACGGUCAUAAAUCUGUCAUAACGGUCAUAAAACCAUCAUAAUUAUGACUCCAGUGUUUUCAUCAACGUUGACGAUAAAAUAUUUUGUCAAUGUUUUCAAGUGCUUGAGUAGAUACAGUUGUAGUCAUUAAAUUGUCAUAAACUGUCAUAAAAUCCUCCCUAAUUAUGACUUGACACCAGUGUUGUUUUCUUCAACAAUGAUGAUAUGAUAAUGAGCUAAAAACAUGUUUUGGGAGACGAGCAUAACUGGACGAAUGCCAGUUUUCGUCUGACGAGACAAGAAUGCGCCGCAGAUUCAUGACAUUGUAUGUGUAGUUAGCCUGCAUCGUAGCAGUGUCACUCACCAGUGUAGUGUCCUCUCCAGCAUCAAGGCUUGCGUACACGGUAGAGCAGGGCCGUAAAACGAAAAUUUACCGUUACCGAAAUUCUUCACGCUGACCGACGUAAUUUUGACCAUGUCGGUAAAUUCGGUAAUUUAAUAAAACAAGAAAAAAUAGUCUAUUCAUCCCGCUUUGACUCUGUGCUGUUCGGCUAUGUUCAUUCCCCUUUAAGAAAGCAGACAGUGUGCUUACGUAUGGGGUCAUGUGGUUUUCAGGAAGCCAAACAAACAGAAGCCCGGUAGGCUAACGCUAGCGGCUAACGCUACAAUUAAACUGGAUGGAGUCAGGCUUAAGUUAGCUUCGCCAAACUUUCACCCGACAUUAAGUAAACUCUUGGCGGGUUCCAGACGGGCUUUCACCCCCUGUCCUCCUGGUUCUCACGAUUUCAGGAGAGGAUGCUUUCAGUGCUUUCUUCUGGUAGCUAAGCGACAGGCUAACGCUAGCGGAUAACGGUACAAAUGAACGUGAUGGAGUCGGAUAGCGGCUCUAACUUUGUUGAAACGGCUGAAAUUAAUGAGUGGACUGGGCACGGACUUCAUGUAGCAAUCAUUAUGUCGUGUUAUUUGGUAUCUCUGCGUGAUUUCUCCGAAAGCUUUCAUGAUGGUAAAGCACUCAGCAUAAAGUAUAAUCCAACAGUAAAGCCUAUAUAUAAUAUGACGGUUUAAUGGCCACAGCUAUUUUUCUGUAUGUGUUUGCUUUAUUCUGCCAUCAUAAAAUCUUAAAUGUUUCAUUGGCAUCAGAGCAAUACAGCUUUAAUUUGGUUGUGUCUGUGUGGGGGGGUGCAUGUAUUAAAAAAUGUUCUGGAAAAAAAAACCUGAAACCUUGACGUAAACAUGUGUUGAAUAAUUAUGUCACAGCAGCCAUUACCAAUAAGUUGUCUGAAGUGUACUGUUAAAGCUGCAAGUCAUUUGUGUUAGAAUGACAUGUUUGCACAGUCGUCAUAUUGAUAAUGUUGUACAUUUUUCAAGUCAUACAAGUUGUUAUCAAUGUUCACACUAGAAUUCCUAUUGUUUACAAGAUUGUUUUUAAUACUUAAUAAUUAGACUGCAUGUGCAAUUGUUAAAUUUAUUUUCCAGCUUUCAAUUUAACGAGAAACUGUUAAUUUGUAUUCCAUGCAUUGAUUCAAAUUUUCAAAUUAUAUAACAGACCGCUUGGGCGAAUUUAUCGUCAUUCAUCGUUAUCGAGGUAAAUCUGCUCAAUUUAUCGUGAUACGUACUUAAGGCCAUAUCGCCCAGCCCUAGUACACGGUAAGAUUUAUUUUCUUAUUUUGGCCAGAGAGAAUGUGCAAUUUUGCAUUAGCAUUUAAAGGUCUGCACUGAUCAUCCACACUAAACUUUUAGCAUUAGCAUAGCGUUCACGUUAGCAUUAGUAUUUAGCGGGAUUUUUCGGUUAAGUGAGUUCUUAGAAAACUAUUGGAAAACAUUUUA